UCCGCGCUCGGGGCCGAGGGGCGGGCGGGUGGGCGAUGAAUGGGUUCAGCACCGAGGAGGACAGCCGGGACGGGCCGCCCGCCGCCCCCUUUUACGGCCAGAGCUGCUGCCUCAUCGACGACGGCGAUCGCUGCGUGCGGCCCGCGGGCAACGCGUCCUUCAGCAAGAGGAUCCAGAAGAGCAUCUCGCAGAAGAAGCUGAAGCUGGACAUCGACAAAAGCGUGAGACAUCUGUAUAUAUGUGAUUUUCACAAGAAUUUUAUUCAAAGUGUCCGAAACAAACGGAAAAGGAAGACAAGUGAUGAUGGAGGUGACUCUCCUGAGCACGAGACGGACGUCCCGGAGGUUGACUUGUUCCAGCUCCAGGUGAAUACUCUGCGACGUUACAAGAGACAUUAUAAGCUGCAGACUAGGCCUGGACUCAACAAGGCUCAGCUGGCAGAAACUGUCAGUCGACACUUCAGGAAUAUUCCUGUGAAUGAGAAAGAGACUCUUGCUUAUUUCAUCUAUAUGGUGAAGAACAACAAGAGCAGGCUGGACCAGAAAUCAGAAAGUAGCAAGCAACUAGAAUGAAGACUAACAAGACUUGGAAUAGGAGAAAUCUUGAAGGAACACAUGGUAUUGUGCUUUUUAGAUAUAUAUAAAAACUUUUGAAGUAUAUUGUAAUUUUUUUUUUUUAAUGCAGUAAAUCUGGAUGACAGAAAAGUAUAAACAGUUCUUAUCAGGAAUAUUUCAGAACACGUGCACACCUUUUUUCCUGAAGACUUCUCAUCCUCAUUUAAAACUCACGUUGGAAUAAAGCAAUGAGAAUAACAAGGAAACAGAGUAAACUUAGGACUGCGGAAUCUGUUAACGUAGUGUUUUAAAAUGUUUCUGGAAAUCUACAUCUCAAUGCAAUUUAGAUCACAGAUGGAUUUGUUUUUUUUCCCCUGAAUUCAGCUGUCUCACCAAACGCCAUACAGUUUGUUUUUAUGCAGGACUGGAAUAGCAGCAGAGAUAAAAUGCAGUGUCGAGGUGCGUGGCUCAGCAGUUUGUCUGAAGCUUGCUCCUCACGUACAUGUGCUCUGUCUUGCCUUGAGGCAGUGCUUCAAGUCUCAAAUUUCUAUGAAUGCUCCAGCUCACCAACUCUACUCCAGUGAAUACUCAACUAGACUGAAAAUUGAUUUUUUUUUUUUCAUCUUCCCUUCCCCCUUCUCCCCCCAAAAUGGAAGCCAAACAACUUUCUAGAAUCUCUUUUUUCCAAUUUAAGAAUUCACUUCUGAAUUAUCUAUAAGCAUUUAAGGACUUUUGCAGCUCCUCAGAAUGUGGUAUCAAGGCAGAUUUGCUGGGCUUGAUCAUGUUGGUAGAAAUGCUCUUUCACUUCACUUCUGUGUGUUUCCUUUGUGUUCAAGACUUAAUGAUAGUAGGUGAAACAGUGGGUUAAGACAUCUGUCUCUUAAUCUCUGUGCCAGAUCAGGUAUCAGUCAGAAGCAAUGUGACUUUUAUACUGACAUUGGUCUUUAACAGGUGUCACAAAGCUGCAGUGUGGGUUAGUGUGCUCUGCUUAGUGUAAAUCAGACUUAAGCUAAUGAUGUAGCACAGUAACCAAGGUGAUGAACUGGCUGGAGAGUGGUUCAUCUGUCUCUGUGAACGAGCAGAAGUAUGGAAGCACUUUUGUCCUAUGAGCAUUACUUGUGCUUUCCUAAGAGUUCUGUGACCUGGAGGGUGGAUUGCUGGUGCUCACAAACAGUGCUGUAGACAGAAGUAUCUCUGGUUUUGUUAUUUAAAGCCAAUGUGUCCUUAUAAACAACGCAGUAGUUAUUUUGGCUAAAGGAGCUAAUGAAAUUGUUGGUCACGUCUGUCUGCUCUCCAGUGACCUCAAAUUCUAUACAAGGGGAUCUCCUGUUUUAAAGCACCACUCUGUUUUCAUGCUGUCCUAACCAUUGUCUCCAUUCUGUCGCAAGAUGCCAAGACUCCACACACAGAGUAUAUUCUCAACAAGCCUUAAGCACUGAACUCAACAGUUGAAAACAUUGGCUAGCAUUUUAAUAAUCUGAAUCUAGACGAUGCUUUGUUGAAGAACAGAACACAGCCACAAUCCCAGCUUGACACUGCAUCAGAUGUUUUGUAAGGCACGAGUGAAGCUCUCCCAGGGUCUCUAAAAAAUCAAGUCACAAUUUAAAGCAAGGUGUUCACAUCAGCUUUGAAUGGUGUGCUAAAAGUUUAAGGAAAUGUUAAAUGAACUUCAGCAUGUUUAAGUUCUGUGUCAUAGCCAGAAAUAACCUGUUAUGGUACAUGCCCCAGUUGUGAAGUUUUGGGAGUGUGGUGGUUUCAGCAUUUCCUUGUUCAGUUCGGUGUGGAAUCAAAGAACAUCGGACAGGAGAAGUGCUCAGAGAAUGAGGAGAGAAUGUCAAGUACUGGUAUUUUGUGAAUGUCUAAAAAUUUCUGACUUAUGGUGAUCCUUACUGGAAGGAUGGAGCAGUUCCCACAUCAGUCAACGAGAUCUGGCUUCUCUCAUUCAGGACGGAUAGCUAAAAGGGUAUUUUCACUGACUGCAUAUUAAUACUCAAAGUGCUCACGUAGUCAGAGGAUAUUAUUAAGGGAAGAUGAGUUUCUGAGUUGAGAGUUUUGCCUCAGCGUAACCUGUAGACCAAAACUGAAAAAAAAAAAAAAAAAAAAAAAAAAA